AUGAACGGCUUCACGGAGCUCGAAGAGAAGGAGUCAACAUGCUCCACAGAGAAACAGCCUGAGUUCUUCCUUCACGGUGUGCGAUUAUGGGUUGCCGGUGCUGGUCUGGCUAUCUGCAUUUUUCUGCCCACGCUCGAGAUCAGCAUUGUCAGCACCUCAUUGAUCACCCUCGGAAACGAACUGCAUGGAUUUGACCAGACUCCUUGGAUCCCCAACGCGUAUAUACUCACCUACUCGGGCUUCCUCAUGAUCUGGUCGAGAUGCGGAGAUAUUUUCGGCGUGCGCGCAUCUUUACUCACUUCUUUGGCAUUCUUUGUCGCGUUCUCGGGCGGAUGCGGAGCAGUCCAAAACCUGAAUGAACUAAUAAUAUGUCGCGCCUUUCAAGGCAUCGGUGCGGCUGGUGUCUUUGCCUUAAGUACCUUUGGCUUUUUGCGCUUGAUGCACCCGUCGAGAUAUGGGACCAUCGCCGCCUUAGCGGGUGUUAUGAUAUCACUCGGGUUGGUGCUGGGCCCGAUUUGCGGUGGUGCAAUCAAUAACGCGGGCGGCUGGCGCUGGAUCUUUCUAUUGAACGUUCCAGCCGGCGCCGUCGCAUGGUUAUGCAUCCUUAUCGCAAUGCCGUACCACUACCCUCACCCUCCACCGCUAAGAAGUGCUACCAACCCGGCAGGGACAUGGAUGAAAUCAUUCCUGAAGAAUCAGGGGAUAUUCCUUCGGCAGGUGGACUUCCUAGGCGCAUUCCUCAUUUUAGCAGCAUCGAUGCUUCUGGUGGCUGCACUCCAAGAGGGCACCGUCGAUUUCACAUGGUCAUCAGGCGUAAUCAUUAGCUUUUUUGUCGUUUCAGGCGCGCUCUGGGUUGCGUUUCUGGCAUGGAUAUGGUUCCUCAGUCGACGGUCCUGGGCGAUUCAUCCUAUCCUGCCCUGGCGACUUACCAAGAGUCGGGUAUUUAUGGGAUGUGUCUUAGGAUGGUUCUUAACAGGUCCAGCUCUCGUGGUAUCCGUCAUUGAGCUUCCCCAACGGUACCAAACAGUCAACAAAAGCUCUCCACUCGGGGCCGGCGUAAAGUUGCUCGCAUACUCACUCAGCAAUCCUGUCGGAGGAAUAAUAAGCUCAACCUUGAUGACCAAAUUCAAGGUCCCAUUUGUCUAUACGCUCGGGGCUGGGUGGGUUCUCCAGAGCGUCGGGUUCUUCCUGAUGUCCGAGAUUCCCACCACCGUGGAUCUUUGGCUCGGCCAGUUCGGGUACUUCGCGAUGUUUGGGUUAGGGAUUGGAAUCACCGGGUCAGCACUGUACAUGCUUGUCCCUGAGUCCGUCGACGAACCAGACCAACUAAUUGCGAUGGGGACGGCAACUCAGGGUCGGCAGGUCGGUGGUGCAUUGGGAGUCGCCAUCGCCACGACGAUGCUGAACACUCAUCUCACCGAUGGCCUCGCUUCUUUUCUAGCCCCCGAACAGAUCGAUGCGGUGAAGGACACGGCACAAGCUAUUGAUAAGUUUCCGGAGGCGGUGCAGAUCGACGUCCGUCGGACCUUCGCGGAGGCGUAUAACCUGCAGAUGAAAAUGGUGGGAGGCUUUGCUCUAGCGCAAGUAUUGGUUAUCGCGAUGAUAUGGAAAAAGCAUCAGAUUCGCAUUGUGAAACCAAGAUCGGCGGGUUAG